AUGGGUACUAUUAAAAAUAACUUUCAGUUAUUGUGGUUAAUAUUAUUAAUCGUUGUUUUAGUUAAUGGUAAAUCAAUUAAUAAAAAUAAUAAUAAUAAUAAAAAUGAAAUAAUAAAUGUUACAUAUGAUGGUAGAUCAUUAAUAAUUAAUGGUGAAAGAAAAUUAUUAUUUAGUGGAUCAAUUCAUUAUCCAAGAACUAGUGAAGAGAUGUGGCCAAUUAUAUUGAAACAAAGUAAAGAUGCAGGUAUUGAUAUUAUUGAUACCUAUAUAUUUUGGAAUAUUCAUCAACCAAAUUCACCGAGUGAAUAUUAUUUCGAUGGUAAUGCAAAUAUAACCAAAUUUUUAGAUUUAUGUAAAGAGUUUGAUUUAUAUGUUAAUCUUAGAAUUGGUCCUUAUGUUUGUGCAGAGUGGACCUAUGGUGGAUUCCCAAUUUGGUUAAAAGAAAUCCCCAAUAUUGUCUACAGAGAUUAUAAUCAACAAUGGAUGAAUGAAAUGUCAAUUUGGAUGGAAUUCGUUGUGAAAUAUCUAGACAAUUAUUUCGCACCCAAUGGCGGUCCAAUCAUAUUGGCACAAGUUGAAAACGAGUAUGGAUGGUUGGAACAAGAAUACGGUAUCAACGGGACAGAGUAUGCCAAGUGGUCAAUUGAUUUUGCAAAAAGUUUAAAUAUUGGUAUACCUUGGAUAAUGUGCCAACAAAAUGAUAUUGAAAGUGCGAUUAACACUUGUAAUGGUUAUUAUUGCCAUGAUUGGAUCUCAAGUCAUUGGGAACAAUUUCCUAAUCAACCUUCAUUCUGGACAGAGAAUUGGAUAGGUUGGUUUGAGAAUUGGGGUCAAGCAAAACCAAAAAGACCAGUUCAAGAUAUACUGUACUCCAAUGCUAGAUUCAUUGCAUAUGGUGGUUCAUUGAUAAACUAUUAUAUGUGGUUUGGUGGUACAAAUUUUGGUAGAACUUCAGGUGGUCCUUGGAUUAUCACAUCCUAUGAUUAUGAUGCACCAUUAGAUGAAUUUGGUCAACCAAAUGAACCAAAAUUUUCAUUGUCUUCAAAAUUUCAUCAAGUUUUACAUGCAAUUGAAUCAGACCUAUUAAAUAAUCAACCACCAAAAUCACCAACAUUCCUAUCACAAUUCAUAGAAGUUCAUCAAUAUGGUAUAAAUUUAUCAUUCAUUACAAAUUACGGUACAUCCACUACACCUAAAAUUAUUCAAUGGAUGAAUCAAACCUAUACAAUUCAACCAUGGUCAGUUUUAAUAAUUUAUAAUAAUGAAAUUCUAUUUGACACUUCUUUCAUUCCACCAAAUACAUUAUUCAAUAAUAAUACAAUUAAUAAUUUUAAACCAAUUAAUCAAAAUAUAAUUCAAUCAAUUUUUCAAAUUUCAGAUUUUAAUUUAAACAGUGGUGGUGGUGGUGGUGAUGGUGAUGGUAAUAGUGUGAAUUCAGUAUCACCAAUUGAACAAUUAUUAAUUACAAAAGAUACAAGUGAUUAUUGUUGGUAUAGUACAAAUGUAACAACUACAUCAUUAAGUUAUAAUGAGAAAGGUAAUAUAUUUUUAACGAUUACAGAAUUUUAUGAUUAUGUUCAUAUUUUCAUUGAUAACGAAUAUCAAGGUUCAGCAUUUUCACCAUCAUUAUGUCAAUUACAAUUAAAUCCAAUUAAUAAUUCAACAACUUUUCAAUUACAAAUUCUAUCAAUGACAAUUGGUUUAGAGAAUUAUGCUUCUCAUAUGGAAAAUUAUACUCGUGGUAUAUUAGGUUCAAUUUUAAUUGGUUCUCAAAAUUUAACAAAUAAUCAAUGGUUAAUGAAAUCUGGUUUAAUUGGUGAAAAUAUUAAAAUAUUCAAUAACGAUAAUACAAUUAAUUGGCAAACUUCACCAUCAUCAUCAUCAUCCUCAUUAAUUCAAAAACCAUUAACAUGGUAUAAAUUAAAUAUAUCAUUGGUUGGAUUACCAAUUGAUAUUAGUUCAACAGUUUAUGCAUUGGAUAUGUCAAGCAUGAAUAAAGGUAUGAUUUGGGUUAAUGGAUAUUCAAUUGGUAGAUAUUGGUUAAUAGAGGCAACUCAAUCAAUUUGUAAUCAAUCAGCAAUUGAGAAUUAUAGUUAUAUUGGUGAAUAUGAUCCUUCAAAUUAUCGUAUCGAUUGUAAUAAACCAAGUCAAUCAAUAUAUAGUGUGCCAAUAGAUUGGUUAUUUAAUAAUAACUAUAAUAAUCAAUAUGCAACAAUCAUUAUAAUUGAAGAAUUGAAUGGUAAUCCAAAUGAAAUUCAAUUACUUUCAAAUAAAAUAAUAAAUUAA